GUUCUUUCUCUCCCCUCCUGAUUCUUGCCACCGGGUGCAGGACACUGUCCUCUCCCUGCAUGAUGGCAUGCUCAAGAACCUGCUCCCGCAUCCUGGGGCUGAGCCUUGGGACUACAGCCCUGUUUGCUGCUGGUGCCAACAUAGUGCUCCUCUUUCCUAACUGGGAUGUGACCUACCUGUUGAGAGGCCUCAUUGGCAAACAUGCCAUGCUGGGCUCUGGGCUCUGGGGAGGAGGCCUCAUGGUACUCAUUGCAGCUACCCUCAUCUCCUUGAUGGGCUGGAGAUAUGGCUGCUUCAGCAAGAGCGGGCCCUGCCGAAGUAUGCUUACUGCUCUGCUGUCAAGUGGCCUGGCUUUGUUUGGAGCCUUCAUUUGCUUUAUCACUUCUGGAGUCGCCUUGAAAGACGGUCCUUUUUGCAUGUUCGAUGUCUCAUCCUUCAACCAGACGCAAGCUUGGAAAUACGGUUACCCAUUCAAAGACCUACGCAACAGGAAUUAUUUAUAUGACCAUUCCCUCUGGAGCUCUGUCUGCCUGGAGCCUUCUAAAGCCGUUGUUUGGCACGUGUCCUUCUUCUCCGCCCUUCUGUGCAUCAGCCUCCUCCAGAUUCUCCUGGGCGUCAUUCAUUUCUUCAACACCUUCCUGGGCCUUUUCUGCAGCCUCUGUGAGAAGUCAUAGGAGAUGCCAGUGCACGGACUGGGGCUCUCAGCAGAAGCUGCCUUGAAUCCUUUCUGCAACUAUUAUUUAUGGGUAUGAAUC